AUGUAUCCUUUUUUACAAAUUUGGCUUAUUUUUAUUAUUUUUCCUAAAAAAUCCUUUAUUAACCCUAUUAUGUAUAUUUUUUAUUUCUCCUUAUAAGUGUAGCUUUCUGCAAAAUUCUCGUAUAUGCCCCUGCUGAACUAAAAGAAGCUGUCAGAAAUCGUUAUUCUCACAGUGGACUUAAAAGCUCAUUGGCUAAUUUUGGAAAUCCUCCCUAUGGAUCUUCUAUUGUAGGACGUGUUUUUUACCGAGAAGCUGAAAAGCUUGCAUGUGAUGCCAUCACCCCUUUCAAUUGGAAUGAUGAAGAGUCUAUAAAUUCGCCAAUUUUGCUUGUAGAACGAGGAGAUUGCCCAUUUGUAGUUAAAGCUAGACAUGCCCAAGAUAUUGGAGCUAAAGCGUUGAUAGUGAUCGAUAACAGAGAAGAAAACCCUGAAAAUGUGAUUAUGAUUGAUUCAGGAACUGGUGGGAAUAUUUAUAUAUACAUUUUUAUGAAAAAUAGUCUUCUAAGGGCCAUUUUUGGCUAUGGCUUGCAUUAUGUCAUCUGGCUAAAAAUGAUUCUUAAUAGGCUAUUCAUCAGAAAGGAGCUUACCUACUUUACUUAUAUCUGAGUCUGAUGGAAAUUUAUUAAAAUUGUAUUUGGAGGAAAAGAAAGAAGCUGUGUCCUUGAUGCUUUCUUUUGAGGUUCCUUAUCGUGAUGGACAUAUAAAUUAUGAUAUUUGGAUGUCCUCAGAAAACGUAAAAAUUCAGAAUUUUUUGCAUCAGUUUUAUAGAAGAUAGAAACAUUUUUAAUAGAAAAAUUUUAGGAUAGGCAUGAUUUUUGUAAAAAUAUGGAGGGGAAUUUAGGAAAUAUUGGAAUAUUUAGAAAAUAAAAAAAUAUAUAAUGUUGGAGCGAAAUUGACCAAAAAACAAGCCACAUUUGUGCCGCAUUAUGUACUUUGGUACUGUGACGAUUGUGCUAACCAUGGCUUUACUAGUGACAAUUCAAACUGUGUAAGCGGAGGAAGAUACUGUGCCCCAGAUCCUGAUGGAAAUGGCCCUAGGACAGGCAGAGACGUCGUGAUUGAAAAUUUAAGGCAGAUUUGUAUCUACAAGCAAACAGAAAACGAUCAAGACUACUCUCUCUGGUUUAAAUACAUGAAAUCCUACAAUACAACCUGCGAAGACAUGGAAGCCUGCACAGAAAAAUUCCUAAAAGACGCCGGAAUUGACCACAAAAAAAUCAAAAAAUGCAUGGACGACAGCUUUAUUGGCAAUAAAAGGCCAAUUUUAGACGACAACACCCUACUCCGUGACGAAUUCAACACAUGGGGUAAGCUUGGUCUGUCCUUUUACCCAGCCCUUAUAGUAAAUAAUUUUACCUACCGAGGCGACUGGGAAUCCUCUGCUAUACUAAAAGCUUUAUGUGCAGGCUACGGGGCUUACCAAGAGCCUGAUCUCUGUAGCCAAGACCAGUCCCCAGAAAAAGCAGAAUCUUCUAACUCUACCAUAAUUUUUAUACUAAUUUUGUCCUUUGCGCUUAUAGGCGCAAUUGCUGUAUUCUAUAGGAUGUGGAUGAACAGAGAAAUGAAAGAAGAAAUGAGGGUCCAGGUAAACUCGACGGUAAACCAAUAUUUCGCAAUGUCAGAUAGCCCGAGGAAUAGAAGAAGUUAA